UUGCUCAUUUUUAACCACUGUUUGAGUUUGUUCAACAGUUAAAAUAAUCGAAAUAUUACAUGUAUUUACUUUUUAUCGAAAGUAAAGAAAAAAAUGUGUCUUUUUGAUGGACUCGCGCCUCUGGUCUGGGCGCGAGCCGGCCGUAGGUAGCGCUGUUUCGUUCGGAGUCUCCGUCGGAAGAAACCAAAGGAGAAGAGAGCCGAGGGGAGGUGGAGUCGGGGAAGGGAGAAGAAAGGGGAGAGGAGGAAAACGGGGAAAGGCAGACACAACAAAAACGGGCCAGAACGGCGGAUGAUUUUCGCUCUGAAACUUCCAUUACAGCGAACACAAGAGCGGCGGCACGGGAGAUAAGAGCAAGAUGAUAACGCCCUACUUCCUAGAGAAUUUCUGGGGGGAAAAGAAUAAUGGCUUCGACGUGCUCUAUCACAACAUGAAGCAUGGCCAGAUUUCCACAAAGGAGCUGACAGACUUCAUCAGAGAGAGGAGUACUAUCGAAGAAGCCUACGCCAGGUCCAUGACCAAACUUGCCAAAACAGCUGGAAACUUUUCUCAACUCGGCACAUUCGCUCCAGUGUGGGAUGUUUUCAAGAGCUCGACAGAGAAACAGGCCGGAUGUCACAUGGACUUAGCGAGGAAACUGCAGGAGCUCAUCAAAGAAGUUCAGAAGUACAUUGAAGAGCAGGCCAAAGCACACAAGAAGACGAAAGAAGAGGUGGCACCGACCCUGGAAGCCGUCCAGAACAUCCAGACCAUCUCACAGAGCCUUCAAAAGUCCAAGGAGAACUACAACGCCAAAACUGUGGAGCAGGAGCGCCUCCGCAAAGAGGGGGCCACCCAGAGAGACGUGGACAAGGCUGGAGUGAAAGCCAAAAAAGCCACAGAGGCCUACAAAUCCUACGUGGAGAAAUAUGCCAACGCCAAGUCUGAGUUUGAGCAGAAGAUGGCUGAAACCGCACAGAAAUUCCAAGACAUCGAAGAAAACCACAUUCUGCAGCUGAAGGAGAUCAUCCGCUCGUACUCGGAGUACGUGGAGGAAACACAUGUUCAGAUCGGAGAGGUUCACAAAGAAUUUGUGAGGAAUAUCGAGAACACGUCGGUAGAAAGCCUCAUUCAGAAACUAUCUGAGAGCAAAGGAACGGGGAAGGAGAGGCCAGGGCCCAUCGAGUUUGAAGAGUGCAAUGCAGCCGUCGCAACAGAAGGUGCCAAACCAAGAAAAAGAAUUCCAUUUGGAAUCCCAGGCCGAAGGAAAGACAAAGACACGGAUUCCACGGAGUCCACAGAAGUUGAAGCUAAUAACACUGCUAAUGGUGCUCCCCCUGGAUAUUACGGGUCUAUAGACAUCCAGAACGCUAACGUUCCUCAGGUUGAUGCGGAGGGUUUCUGUAUCAGACCAGAAGUCAACGAAAAUGAUGCCAAAGAUAAUUCCUUUUACUCCUCAAGCGACUCCGACGACGAGGACGAGCCCAGGAAGUUCCACGUUCAGAUUAAACCCGUCCAGCCCAACAACGGCACGCACCACAACCGGGCGAACAUCGACGAGCUGAAAGCUUCCAUCGGAAACAUCAUCCUGUCUCCUUCGACCUCGGGGCAGAUGAGGAGGAACCAGUCCAGUGAUGAACUCGCCAAGUCCAGAGGGCCAACAUCCUACGAACUAACUAAUAACGACCUCCUGUCUCUGGACCCGCUGAGCCCGCCUCAGCUCGGCGGAGCCUCCUACGCGUCAGCAGACCUUGCCUCUAUCUCCCUUUCAAUCUCUUCAUCUUUUCUGACGAAUGACUCUGACGUCUUCCUGCCAGAGGCCGCAGUUGACUCGGCGCCGCAGCAGGAGCGCCCUCCCCAUCAGGCAGAGUGUCUGCUCUCCAAAGAAGUCUCCUCUUUCUCUUCAUCCUCCUCCUCACCCUGGCAGUCACCAGAGGCGCCGUUUCAAGCUCUCAAACCCGCCCCAGCGCGAGCUCAGAGUGCCCCCACCACCCGUCCCACUGAGCCAAUAGACCCCGUGAAAAGCCCCGGCGCCGCCAGCCCUCCGAAGAGCGCCGACACCGUCACGGCUUCGUCCUGGUCCCAGAGCCAGUGGACGGCGUUCAGCGACAACUUUGCUCCGGCGCGUCACCUGAGCUCAUCUGUGAAGGAGCUCCAGCCGCUGCGUUCAGGCUCCAGCAGGACCAGCAGCCUUCUGUGUGAUGAUGCAGCGUCGUGCCGAGAGGCCGGCCCCCUCUGUGUCACUGAUGUCUCCUCUGAUAGGCCGAUGGCUGCAGGCCCGUCAGGGAAACUGAUGAACGUGCCAGUACCAAACCGACCCAUAACACCCCUGGCAACCGGAGCCCUCAUGCCCCCACCCCGACCCUCAUCCAGGCCCAAACUUCCCACCGCAAAACUCACAGGAAUCAAUGAAAUCGGACGCCCUUUCAGCCCGCCGAAAACAUCCAGCGCCAGCCCUCCCCCGACAGCGCCGCUCGCCCGAGCAGAGAGUUCGUCCUCUCUAUCCUCGAACGCAUCGCUCAGUGCCGCAAACACCCCCACUGUUGGAACGUCUCGCGGUCCCAGCCCUGUGACCCUGGCAUCCCAAGAUGCCUUGCCCAUUGCCGUGGCCUUCACAGAGUCAGUUAAUGCCUACUUCAAAGGAGCUGAUCCCACAAAGUGCAUUGUGAAGAUCACAGGAGACAUGACGCUCUCCUUUCCCAUGGGCAUCAUCAAGGUCUUCACGUCCAACCCGUCCCCCGCCGUCCUCACCUUCAAACUGAAGAACGCCAGCCGGCUGGAGCAGAUCCUCCCCAACGUGCAGCUACUCCACAGUGAUCCUUCCCAAAGUGAUUCAGAUUCCAAGAGUUUCUGGUUCAACAUGCAAGCACUGACGUCCUACCUCAGAAAAUCCUCGGAGCAGAACCCCUCAGCUUCCUACUACAACGUGGACAUCCUGAAGUACCAGGUGCAGUCUGAUGGAAUCCAUUCCACCCCGCUCAACCUGGCUGUGUACUGGAAGUGUACACCGAGCACAACGGACCUGCGGGUGGAUUACCGCUACAACCCAGAAUCCAUGGACUCCCCGGGGUCGCUCACCAACGUACAGGUCUUGGUCCCUGUAGACGGAGGAGUCACUAACGUGCAAUCUCUGCCCAACUCCAUAUGGAGUUCAGAGCAGAAUAAGUGUCUCUGGAAGCUGAGCGACCUCUCCAGUAAAUCUGAAAAUGAAGGUGCGGGGUCUAUACGGGCUAAAUUUGACCUCUCAAACGGGCCGUCCAACCCGUCCACUCUGGCAGUCCAGUUCAUGAGCGAGGGCUCCACCCUGUCUGGAGUGGACAUGGAGCUGCAGGGCUCGGGAUACAGGCUCUCCCUCAGCAAGAAACGAUUUGCCACCGGGCGCUACAUGGCGGACUGCUAAGGAAAGAAACCCCUCAUUCGACACAAAACGCAGGGAAUGCGAGCGGAGCUGCAGCGGUUCACACAGGAAGCCAGAAUCUCACUACAAAAAGCAGCACUGAGUAUUGAACACUGUUGAUAAAAGAAUAAAAGAAAACUUAAGAUGCGCUUUCAGGAAACGUGUAGAUAUAAAGUCUAAGAAUUCUCUGAUCAAUUCCUUUUUGUACAGUCAAGAAGCAAUUUAUUGAUUAGCUAUAAAUCUAUUUGAAAUCAUAAAACAAGAAAAAAAGUGCACUAAUAAUCCUCCAAAUGCUUUUUUCUCUGAGAAGAAAAACCCUUUCUAACUGUAAAUAACAACCCAGACCUGCUUUCUUUACUGAUGUUUGUCUUUUUCUCUGUUUGUGUCGAUUAUGUGCAAUGAAGCGAUGAAGGUGGAAUCCGUCUUUUACAUCCCUCACAUGUCAGUCUGACCUUUAAAAUAACAUCAACAGAUAUCAGUGCCUUCUCUUCUACUACAAACAAUCACUUUCUGAAUCUGUUUUUCUUAAAGCCCUUUAGAGUUCAGGAGUCAAAAAUCCAGGGACAUUCGCACCAAAUGGAGCUUUUAACCACACCUCUGUGUGUUUUAAAUGUGCCUACAUUUUCUAAUUUUUUUGUACACCGCAGCACAGUUAACGGUGGCAGCACCGGCGUGCCCCCCGAUUGUGUUUUUUACUUCUAAUAUGUGGAUGUUGAAGGGAAACGCGUCUCAUCUUCCAAGAUAUGAAAUAGCGAUGGAUCUGUGAUUGACUUUUCUUUGUGCUUUGAUAAACUGUCACCAUCUGCCUCACGGCGUCGGCUCAGAGUGUCUGGAAAAAAAAAAAAAAA